UCAUUAUUACCCUCGACUUCUAAGUCCCAAAAGAAAGGCCUAAGAGUCAUCCCAUCACAAGUUACUCUUACAAGACCUUACAACACGUGUUUGUUUUUACCGCAUAUCCAAAUUUUUAAAUAUGAAGAGGCUAUAUCAUCAUUUAUCAUUCAUUUUGAUGAAUGUUCCCAAGCUCAACAAACACCCAAACUAUAUCACACAUGGCUACCCAGUUCUUAAUAAUAUCAGGAUCAGGUUAACAUCCACGGUCACUCCUAGCUUUGAAAUAAAGCGCUGCAAUUUCUUCAUCUCAAAGCUAUGUAAGGAAGGAAAGAUCAACGAAGCACGCAAGGUGUUUGAAGAAAUGUCUGAUAGGGAUGUUUGUUUGUGGACUACAAUGAUAAGUGGGUAUAUCAAGGGUGGCAUGAUUAAGGAAGCUAGGAAGCUGUUUGAUAGAUCGGAUGCGGAGAAGAAUGUGAUUGUUUGGACUGCUAUGGUUAGUGGGUACGUCAAGUUGAAUCAAAUUGAGGAGGCUGAAAGGUUGUUUUACGAGAUGCCGAUUAGGAAUGUUGUGUCUUGGAAUACCAUGAUUGAUGGGUAUGCUCGGAAUGGUCGAACUGAACAGGCUUUGGAUUUGUUUAGAAGAAUGCCGGAGAGGAAUGUGGUUUCUUGGAAUAUCAUAAUGACGGCCUUGGCGCAUUCAGGGAGGAUUGAGGAUGCGGAAAGGCUUUUUGAUAAGAUGCGGGAAAGGGAUGUGGUUUCAUGGACUACUAUGGUUGCGGGUUUGUCAAAGAAUGGGAGAAUUGAUGAUGCGCGGGAACUUUUUGAUAGGAUGCCGAUUCGUAAUGUGGUUUCUUGGAAUGCAAUGAUUGCGGGUUAUGCGCAGAAUGGGAGGUUGGAUGAGGCUUUAAAGUUGUUUGAGAGAAUGCCUCAGAGGGAUAUGCCUUCAUGGAAUACAAUGGUUACAGGUUUUAUUCAAAAUGGAGACUUGAAUAGGGCAGAGAAGUUAUUUGAUGCAAUGCCACAAAAGAAUAUCAUUACUUGGACUGCUAUGAUGACAGGGUAUAUACAACAUGGUCUAAGUGAAGAAGCAUUGAAAAUAUUUAACAAAAUGCAAGCUAAUAAUGGAUUAAAACCAGCCACCGGAACUUUUGUGACUGUUUUAGGUGCUUGUAGUGACUUGGCAGGUCUUAUCGAAGGACAACAAAUCCAUCAAAUGAUUAGUAAAACAGUUUUUCAGGAGAGCACACAAGUGGUAUCAGCGCUGAUAAAUAUGUACUCAAAAUGUGGGGAGUUGCAUGUUGCUAGGAAGAUGUUUGACGAUGGAUUAUCCAGCCACAUGGAUUUGAUAUCUUGGAAUGGUAUGAUUGCUGCCUAUGCACACCAUGGAUAUGCAAAUGAAGCAAUAAUUCUAUUCAAUAAAAUGCAAGAAUUAGGUUUCCAACCCAAUGAUGUCACCUUUGUUGGACUUCUCACAGCUUGUAGUCAUGCCGGUUUAGUUGACGAGGGACUUAAAUACUUUGAUGAGCUUUUCAAAAACCGAUAUAUACAAGUAAGAGAAGAUCACUAUACUUGUCUGAUUGAUCUUUGUGGUCGUGCGGGAAGGCUGAAAGAAGCUUUCAAUAUCAUUGAGGGACUUGGGAAAGAGGCAUCAUUAUCUGUUUGGGGUGCACUCCUAGCUGGAUGUAACAUGCAUGGGAACACUGAUAUUGGGAAACUCGUAGCUGAUAAAGUUUUGAAAAUCGAACCAGAAAAUGCAGGCACCUAUUCAUUACUCUCAAAUAUGUAUGCUUCUGUAGGGAAGUGGAAAGAAGCUGCCAAUGUUAGAAUGAAGAUGAAAGACAAAGGGUUAAAGAAGCAGCCAGGUUGUAGUUGGAUUGAAGUCGGAAAUACAGUGCAAGUAUUUGUAGUCGGUGAUAAAUCACAUUCUCAAUCUGAGGAUCUAGGAUAUUUACUUCUUGACUUGCAUACAAAAAUGAAGAAGGCCGGGGACAUGCCAGAUGAUGAUUUGUUGGUUGAUGUGGAAAUUUAAUAGUAUAAAAUAUAAAUCCUUGUUGGUUAUAGCUUGAAUUAUGCAGUGCAGUUGAAAUGUGGCAAAGUUUACUACCGCUGCUGAGUAAUUCAAGUGAAAUUAGUUGCCACUUUUUGAUUGCUUGGUGGCUUUGUGUGAGAUAAUAUGAUGUAGGAGGGAGCAAAGAGUUCAGAAUUUAAAGGCUUCAUUGGCAUACUCAUAUACUCGGUCUUGUAGUUGUUGCCCAAAACGUGCUUUGUUAGAUGAAACAACUGUGCUAUUGAAUCAGUUUAUGGAAAGCACGGGUUGUUUCUAAGUGGGCUGAUUUCAAGCAAAACAUUUGAAGAUGCAACACCAUCUUGUCCCGUCCAUUGCAUUUUGUAAGUGUAUUUACCAUUAUGCGUUUGGCUUCACACGUUUGGAAUCACUAAAAUACAUAUAUUGCUAAAUUAAAAGAGAUGCUAGCAUGUUUUUAUUGGCUGAGUUUCAAAAAGUUUUGUGAGAGUCGGAUCUGAUAUUCGAAAUGCAUCUUAUUAACUAUACUAAUCAAUCCUUCAUUCCUUGCAAGGUUGUUGAUAAUUCUUUAUUUGUUUCAAGAAGGAUAUUUGUUGAUAGUCGUUUUUCUUCUGCUUUUUUCAUCUUAAUUGUCCGACAACUGUUUACUAUAUUCGUUUUAUAUGGUAUGCUCUUAAUUGUACAUAUUUUAAAAUUUUCAUUUAUUUACAACUUAUCCACGCGGAGUUAUCAUGUUUAAGAAACAGCAAAGUAAAGGACUCACACAGUACUGAAAUCCUAUGAUCUAGUUAUUUGCCACUUCAGAAUCAUAUCUUGUGGCCUAAGAUUCUUGCAGAUUUCACUAUGAUCUUGCAAAUGUUGUUUGGUGGUAUCCUUUGAGUGUUUGACUUAUGCACAGAUUAAAGAUUGUGUUAAUUGCUUUUGGAUUUCUCUGUUAAGCAAGGACAGGAUGAUUCUCUAUGGACAGGAUGAUUUCUCUGGAACAGAGGGCUAAAAUUUUUACCUUCUAGUUAUUUGAGGAUAAAAUGGUGUGUUGGAUUCAUGACGAAUUGUUUCAUGUUAAUUGGCUCUUAUCUGUUUGCUCACUUUGAUUUGAUUUUAACAAGAUUAAUUUCUCUUCCAUGAUUUGUUGGAAAUUCUUUUCUUUUUCUUCUUAGAAUAAUCCACCUUGUUGCAAUCAUUCUGUCUUCUAUGAGUGAAGUAACUCAAGGAGUUAAAGGUGAAGCUAGUUGAGGUACAUAGAUUACAAGAAGCUACAUAAAAAAACUACGGGCCGGUGUCAGAGGUGCUAGAGAGGUGACGAUCAAUCGUGAAGAUGGAGUUGUGACCACGAUGAAUCAAAAACUGAGUUCAAACAAAUUAAUGGCAAAGUGACAGAAAACAGUUUAGGAGAAAUUGACUUUGUAGAAGAGGAGAGGUGCAGAGAAUGAAGCAAGUAAUUUUGGUCGAGUCACCACAUCCGCCAAAACUGCCUGAUGCCAAUUGGUUGGUGAUGGUUAGAAAGAUCCAUAUCGAGAGAAUUCGUGCGACAUCAACGGUGCAGAUCAUCUACGAGGAAUCAUGUAUGGAACGAGUACGAAAGAAGCAAAUGAGUUGAUUGAUGCCACAACUGCCAGAACAGCUGGAUUCUGUCUGAGCCAGAACCGCCAGACCCUAGUAUAUUUGCGAAAGAUCCGGCCACAAAUCCACCAUCUCCAAAACCUCCGGACGCGGGCACACAUAGUAUGAGCCGUCCACAGUCGCCAGCAGCUGUUCGCCUCUUGGUCGGGAACAAGUUCAUCUCAAUUGAGCGGGAGAGAAUGAUCUAGAUAAACUAAGGGUAAUGUGUGAGUUGGGUCACAUUCUAACCCUACUGGAUUAGACCAAUAAUAAUUCUAGUAAGUGGGAGAAAGGAAUUAAAAAGUGGGUUGGUUUAAUUUCUAUUUCAAGUGAGCCUCUCCAAUUUAAUCGGGCUCAUGGACCAAUGGUUCCUUUCGAGGGUACUUGGUGUGUGAAGGGCAUCGUUGCGGGUAAGGGAGUCCAAGCUACACAAUGCUUAUUGUUAGAAACAGUGCAAAGAUGAAGAAGGAUGAUGGGAUUCAUGAGGCAAAACUGUUUGAUACAAAUGAACUCGGCUUAAAUGCAGUCGCUGGGUUUGGAAUUGAGGCUCUACUUGCCAUUCUCAAUCACCAAUUUGCUGCAGAAAAUGAUAAUGUCCGUGCACAGCAGUGGGUGGGAAAGACAUUUUCCAUAACUUCCAAUGAGCAUGGACACAAUAUGGGUAUUCUGAACUGCUCACAAAUACUCUGAUCCCAUUUGGAUGACAGAAACUGAUAAUUGUCACUCAAAGGUAGUAGGUGUGAGUUUCCAACAGUGGAACUCCGGGAAUAAUUGUCUUAUUCUGAACUACUCCUGCACAAGAAAAGCUUUUGGGAGAAUUCUAUUAGUUGGCACAAGAGGCAUUCAAGCAGGGUUUGAAUUGCAAUGGAACUUUGCUAUUGUCCUAGUUGCUGCCUUUUGGUGCGUUGUAUCAGUAGUUGUCUUGCUAAAAUUGUUCAUGUCCAAUUCCUUUGGGGACUCGCGAGCUGCUCAGUCAUGACAUGAUAAAAUGUAUUCAAGUCACUUUCUUAUCUCAGCCAUGAGGACAAUGCUAUUUUUCUAGCUGCCGGUAGUGAUAGGACACUGGUUUUGGGCCUUAGUCCAAUAGAGAGGCGGGAUAGGGAAAUAGGACUGACGUGACAAUAAUCUGGUAGCAAGGGAAGCAUUAUAAGUGUUAAAAGAGGGGAGAGUGGGGAUCAUUGAGACUUAUGUUAAGAAAUUGUUUAGGGUUAUUUUGAGGUCCAACCUUGCACCUCUGGAUUUUGGAGUUCUUCAUGUCUAAAGAAGCCACAUGGCAAUGUGAGAGUAGGUUCAGGUAAUGCAGCCAGUUCUCAUGCCACUAACAUAUUCUUAGUCGUGGAGAAGUUUCGGACUAGAUUCUACAUUGCAGGACAAUGGGAAAAACGGAAGUGUUUUGGGGUUUGUCCAUAAGAAAUUGUCUUCAUUAUUCUGAAUAAACCCUUGUGUAAGGUGGAGGACUAUCUUCCCUCGUCCUUCUGUUUCCCCUAAAAGGCCUGUCAUCUCUUCCUCUCCUAACACCUAAACAAAGUCUAAGUGUUAUGAGUCUCACGUCGGACAAUAUAUGAUUUGAACGUGUUCUUAUAAGUGAGGACAAUCUUCACCCUACAAGCCGGUUUUUAGGGUUGAGUUAGGCCCAAUCAUAUUUCUUAACAUUAAGGUAUAAAACCAAGCUAAUGAGAGUGAACCUGAAACACAUGUGAAUCAAAAUAGUCUUAUAAGGCGGGGAUUUCCAAUGGUCACCGCAUUGAUUAUUGUGCCAAUUUUACCGCAUGAGGUAGGGUUAACACACUAGUGGAAACAACAUAGGUUAGAUCUCUAUAGCUUUGAAAGUUGCUUACAGAGCUCUUGGUUGCAGCAGCAGCAGCAGCUAGAUGGUAUAUGAUUGGAAUGGCAAUAAUUGAAUUCGGAUUUGUAAUACGAUGGUAUAUGAAAAAGUAUGAAUCACAGUAGAUAGCAAUAGUACAACUUUACAGGCUGUACAUUAAAAAUAUGAUACUUCAUAAACUGUUUUGGAUUUAAAAUUUAUGACUUGCAGCUUUCACCCUUAAUGGUUUAUAAGAAGUUGAACCCUUAAUGGUUUAUAAGAAGUUGAAAAUUAUAUAUGAGGUUUGUUUUGAGUGCACUCCUUGCCGAAUGUACGGAAGGAAUACUGAUACAGGGAAUAUUGUAGUUAAAAAUACUUUAAAGUGGCAUUGUAUAAGGUAUCUAUCACAUGGAUUUGAGGUUCUAGUCAUGAACCUAAUGGUGGCAUUACUAUUCUUAGAGAGAAUUCAAGCUGAAAUCGCGUGGAAGUAUGAGAUUCCAGAGAUGAAGCAUUAGAAUUGGGGGCACUUUUUUGUUGUGUUGAAGUUGGUUAGUAUUGACUCAUAGCCAGAAAGUUUAGAAAGAUUUAAUCCCUAACCUGAUGAUUUGAAUUAGGUUACUAAAAUUGUCAUUAUAAUGAAAUUCUAAUGUGAACUAAUGUGGUUCAGCGUAGCUGUGCGAGUCGAGAAAUGUGGGGAUGGAAGAAACUUUGAAGUCCUGCUUGAAAAUGAUGGAUUUGUACUCAAUGUGAUGGUUUCAUAAGAGACAUUAUAUCAUAUAGACUAUUACUCGAAUUAAAAAUAUAGUCCUUUUUGUCUUGUUACAACUUGGUAUUUUUGUUGUAGUGAGUUGUUUGAAUAUCCACAAAAUGAUUGAAAAUGCUAAA